AUGAAUAACAAGUCAAAAAGCGGCGUUAAAGGAAUCCAGUACAAGCAUGAGCAGGUCCGUUUCGAUCAAGCCGAGUCUCACCGUCGGCCUAGUGACUGUGAUAUCUACGAGAGAUACUCCGUACCGUACCAUAACGAGGGAUUUCACGAUCGUUACGAACGGAAUCAUGAACGACAGCAAUUUCGUGAAAGACGAAGCCCGGAUGACCGAUAUGAAAGUGUUACGGUACCUCAUGGGAUUCAUGUUGCUCGUAUUGAAAUCGCAAACGACGAAGAAGAGAGUUGGAACCAACGCGAAGUCGAGCGGGAUCCGAUGAAAACAAAGAGCUAUUCGAACAAUGAGAGACGUGGUACGGGCCAGCAGAACUCGAAUUCGGUGCAGAACACCAGCAAUAUCCCUCCUCCUCCUUGUAUGAAAAAGUUUGAAGUCAUUGAUGGAUACAGGUCUUCUUUGAAUCAAAUCGCUUCCAAACAACAGCAACAAGCCAAUUUGGUGAAAGGAAGUGGUCCUAAGCGACGGACAAGGGACGAACAGCCUCAAUACAACUCUGACCCGCUUAUCGAAAGACCGAGAUAUCCCGAUUCGAAGACCUCACCUGGAGCUAAGGAGCACAUUUCACUGUCAAAAGAAAAGCCAAACAAAAUGGUCGUUGUCAAUAUGGCAAAAACUCAAAAUGGUGGUGUUCAGAGACCUGCAGACGCAAAAAGUCCAGCUAACCGGAGAGUGUCCACAAACCCAUUCCUCAAGGUCCCUGACAACAAACAUCAGCAUCGGGAGCAGACAACACCUCAGCAGCACAUCAAAAACGUCCAAGAAGUGGUCCAGAAGAUGAACAGUGGGGAAUGGCCCAUAAAAGUCAAUGAGGAAAUAGUAGAGGUAAAGAUUGAAGUACCGCCACUGCAAAAGAAGGUUGCCCAAAGAGAAGAGCCCGUUGAGAAGGCACUGAAUUGGGAGACCCUGCCGCGAAGCAGAAAUUCACCCGAGGACGAACGACGAGAAGGAAACAAUCGGGAGCCCCCGCAGAAACAAGAAAAGGAGAGAAAUAGAAAGGAAGAGGGAAAGAAGAUGCACAGGAGGAGGAAAGCUAGAGAUGAUGAUGACAGUUCCGACCGAAGCGACGUCGGCGAGCUGACCACAGUGUCAACAGAUUCGGCUUUCUGCUCCGAAGCCUUUCCUGCUCACAACUAUCAACACAGAUCACAACUGGCUUUACAACACCAGCAGAAUAUCAGGGAACUCGACAUGGAAGCAGAAAAACUGCUUCUUUACUUCAAAGGGCAUAGAGUACUACUUAAUUAUCUGGGUAUUGGUCUCACUGAAACAUUGUGGCGUCGUAUGGCUCCACUUCGGUUAUGUGAAAUGGAAAUUAGACCAGUGGAGGAUACAAGGCAGUACAGUGAUCGGGUCGAUAAAGAGCCCAAAAUGGUGAUGGUACAGGUGCCCAAUAACGAUGGCAAUCGACAGCACUCUUCUAACAACAAAACCGAGCGUGUGGAGCGAUCGCUUCCAGCACAGAGUCCUCGCCUUGUUGCACUGGAGCGACAACUACGUACAGACGAUCUGAACUAUGACUGGGAAGAAAGUAGUCGCGGAUACUCGAGUGACGGUGAAGGAGAAAGGCGUGAUGCACGGAGGCUGGACUCCAGAAGUGGCAGAUUUGUGAAGAAAUCCGCUGCCGCUCUGAUUGCAAAGAAGCAAGGAUUCCCGUCACAGCCUUGUCUCGAAGAACCGAGUUCGUCCGAGAUCGUUGAUCCCAGAAUCGCUAACGAAAUCCGCGCUCUUCGUGAGAGAGAAGAAGAGCUGCGCCGUAGUCGAACUGAACUAGGUCUUCCAACACUGGAUGACGUUAUGAACAGGAGCUUCAUUGGCCAUCAUAGUGGACUUCGAGCAGCUCGUUCCUACGAUCAGCUUCAUCAACUCGUGGACGCCCACUGCCAAAAUGAGCAUUUCGCCCAUAACGGAUAUGGACAAGACCGAUUCAUUCACGGUUCUCAAAAAGAGAAUCAGAGGAAAAUGAAGAAGUCACAAGAAGUUCAUUCCCAUCAGAGAUCAGAAGAACGACCGUAUUCCGAGCGGUGA